AUGGGUGAAAACAUAACGAAAACAAGCUCUGCAGCAUUCUGUUAUUUGUACAAUAUCAGGAGGAUAAGGAAAUAUCUUAGCAAAGAAUGUACUAAAACUCUGAUACAUGCCUUUAUUUCUAGCCGCCUUGACUAUAGUAACUGCCUCUUAUACGGCCUACCGGCGUAUCAGAUUCAAAAACUGCAAAGAGUCCAGAACUCUGCUGCACGUCUUGUAUUCGAAGAAAGUAAAUUUUGUCAUAUUACAGUAUAGCUGAGAGCCCUACACUGGUUAUCCGUACCAUAUCGUAUUGUUUUUUAAAUUUUAUUGUUAACUUUUAAGGCCAUUUAUUAUAUAAACUGCAGUGUUUUACAAGGAUUUCUACAACCGAGAAAUGUGGUAUCUGAACACACGUAAAAAUACGAUAUUUUUACAUGUGAAGAUAUCGAUAAUUUCACUGACAUCAGGUUUGUCUCUUAAAUUGUACUUAAAUUCGUUGGUCUAUCAUCGAAACAUCUUCGGGUCUUCCUCGAAAGUGCUCAGCAAUCUUCGGACAUCUUCGGACAUCUUCGGAAAUUUUCGGAAAUUUUCGGAAAAUGUUCGGGAACGUUCGUCUGGUCUUCGGCACAAUUUGAAAAAUCUUCGGAAAUCUUCGGAAGGUGGUCGGAAAUCUUCGGAAAAUCAUCAACGCCGUCAUCAGUAUGUUUAUAUAAUAAAAGAUAUUGUUCUUACCACUCGAACAUAAAAUUCAUAUCUUCUCGCCACCGUCUAAUAUUCUCUAUUUAUAAACUCGCUCCGACUUACAUUUCCGAACUUGUAUCUCUGAAAGACACAGGGAGUACUAUCUUAGAUCAAAUGACGGAAAACUUGUUAACAUUCCAUCAUGCAAGUCUCUUUCCACGCUUGGUGAUCGAUCUUUUUAUAUGGCUGCCCCUAAAUUAUGGAACGAUCUUCCCUUUUUUAUUAGAAAUAUAUCUUCAGUUAAUGCUUUCAAGAAGGCUCUUAAAACUCAUUUAUUUCAGAGGGCGUUUCCCAGCUAA